AUGGAUAUGGUCAGCGAGCUACCAAUAUCCGAUAGGCAGAAACAGUAUAUAGCAGAAGUGCUCAACCCCAUUGUUGAGGAUAUGAUCACAGAUUGCGUCGAGAAAAUGCCACAGGACUGCGCUAGCUUCAUGCAAGACUGGCUGAUAACGCAGAGUGGGAUACCAAUGUCCGAUAGGCAGCAACAGUAUAUAGCAGAAGUGCUGAACCCCAUACUUGAGGAUAUGGUCGCAGAUUGUGUGGAGAGAAUGCCGAAAGACUGCACUAGCUUCAUGCAAGACUGGCUGAGAAGCCGGGCGGAGGACUCAAGUGGCCUGAAGCAGCUGACUGAGCUCAGGAAGGACAUCGCGUCCUUCAAGGAAGAGCUAGCAGCCAUGAAGGCCGUGCGAAGCGACACGGAUCUGGCAAAUCGAGUGGACGCCCUGGAAAAGCUUAUGUCGAAGGACCUCGAGCUGCGGGCGAAAGAGACAAAUGGCCAAGAGAAACGGCGCGAGUCGAGCGCCGAAGCCCAGCGCUCGGCCCAGCCGAACACGGGGAUGCCGACGGCCCAGACGGCCCAGACGGGCCAGACACCCCAGACGGCCCAGACGGUCCAGAUGCAGACGGACCAGCUUCCCAAGACAUACGAAGAAGCCUUAGAGCAGCUUGGAGGCCAAGAGGAGCUGGCCAAAACCCUGCAGCUCAGUAAAGAUUUGCAACAGAAGCACGGUUUGGCUCCUGAAAUUACACACAUGCUUCCCCUGCACUACUCGGAGCGAAUCUCCUUCUCGGUCAAGCUGAACUAUCAGCCCUACCAGACCAGCCUUGGAGACUUGAUGCACUUCUGCAAGGUCAGGAAGCCUUUGUUCGAUCAGAUCGUGCAAGACAUUGCCGAAGACUCCGGCGGGAAGCCCAUCGUGCCUCCAGUGAAAGGCGAAAAGCGCUGCGGGGUGAAAGCAAACUUCAAGUACAAGGACUCUCAAGGCGGCAUCGCUUGGCAUCGGCUCACUGAUGUGGUGCGAGCCACCAUCAUCUACGAGAGGCUGGAGGACAUGUACAAUGGGCUCAAGAUGAUUGACAGGUUGCACGACGAAGAGAAGCUGAAAAUCAUUGAGCUCAACGACAGGUAUAUGACGCCCUUGAAAGGUGGGUACAGAGACAUCCAACUUUGCUUGAGUGUGAAUGAGCUGGUCUGUGAAUUGCAAUUGAAUUCCGUUGGCAUGGCACAUGUGAAGGAACAUGCCGGCCACCGAGCUUUCGAAGUUGCCCGCGAGCUUGCCGCAGCGAUUGAGGAAGGCAGCCUGGAGCGCUGCCGGUCCAUCUUGGACUGGGGCAAGGUGAAUCUCGGGAAGGAUUGGCAGCAGCAGCUGGUCGCCAUUUUGAAUGAUCCAAGUAAGCCUUUGCUGCAUCAGGCAGCUCGAGUUGGAAACUCUGACCUCAUGGAGGUUUUCCUGGAGUACAAGGCAGAUGUGAGUUUUCAGCAAGUGUCCGAUAAGAUGACCGCCCUGCACGAAGCGAUGACUGGUGGCCAUGAGCGAGCUGCGUGGCUUCUUCUCUCCAGAAAAGCAGACCCCGAGUUGCCGGAUGCCACCAAUCGGGCACCGUUGAUGCUUGGGCUCUUGGCUCUGCGCAUGCAGCCUGACUCCGAACCGCUGGCUCGCUGCGUGACCAUGCUGGUCCAGAAGACCUGCGACGGCGGUUUGCACCACCUGCAUGAGGUGAAAGAGAGGCUUCAAGCGUUUGUGAAAGAGAAGAUGCAGCAGAGCAGUCAGCUUUUGACGUUUGCCGGCGAUGGCAAUCUAGUUGAAGUUCAAAGACUCCUGCGAGAGGAAUUUGCUGACCCGAACUCACGCGAUGCACAAGAAAAGUGCCCAAUGCACGUAGUCCUGGAGUCACAGCAUGCGCAGCCGGAGAACCGGAUCAAAAUCAUGCAGUGGCUCGUUCAGUUUGAAGCUGAUCUGGAGGCAAGGGACAAAUCCAAGAGGUCUGUCCUGGCGUUUGCAGUGGCGUCACGCGAUGGGCUUGCGUUUCAGGUUUUGAUUCGGGCCGGAAUUCGCCUUGGAAACACCGCUUUGCGUGAUCAGCUUUCAGCAGAAGACUACAAAGAGCCGAACUUCAACAAUCUCGUGGGACGGAUUCUCACAACAGAUCCAUACAGCAUGCAGAAGUUUCGAGAUGCAGGCUGCAGCUUGCAGGACAUGUCGCCAAGCCAUGUAGCAGCAGCAGCAGCGCAGUUGAAGGGUCUCUCUGGUGGAUGGCAGGGGUGA